AUGACGGCUCAUAUAUACAAUAAUUUACACGGCUCUUCUGGUGUGUGGUCAAGCCCAUACGGUGGAUUAUCACUAGAGGAACUGGCCCAAAGCACCGGAUCGUGCCCACCACCGUCAGGGUUCCCAGCUGUCAUAUGUCAUUCAAAUGGAGAGCUGUAUAAGUUUUUCCAAAAGAAUACCAUACAGCUAACCACCCAUCACGUUUCUGAAAUAGAAGCAGCAAAUGCAAAUUUCAAGCUUUAUGAACUUGAUGGGGACGAAGUGGAACGAGAGAAAUUCCCCCUGCCCACAUUGGGGCCGCUCCUCGAACGCUGUGGCCAGGAGAUUCACGAGGGCCACGGCAUUGUGAUCAUAAGGGGCCUUGAUCCAGAAAAGUACUCCAUCGAAGAUAGUACGACGAUAUAUCUUGGUAUAUCGUCAUACAUAGGUGACCAGCGUGGAGUUCAGUCAUCAAAAGGAGCCAUGCUUACACACGUGGUGGAGAAGAAGGAAUGGAAAUCAGUAUGUAAGGACCACAGGCAUGGUAUACACACGACGGACCAUCUACCAUUCCACAACGACAUGGGAACUGAGAUACUCGCGUUGCAAGUGCGCGAGACUGCAGAAAUUGGUGGGCGAACUUGUGUUGCCCCCAUCCGCGUAAUCUACAACCAUCUAAGGGAGCACAACCCAUUGGUCCUGCAUACCUUAGCCAAACAUGAUUGGCCUGUGCGGGUUGGCACUAAAGCCUACAAACUAUGCCCGCUCCUAGUGUAUCAUCGUGGCAACCUCAUGAUUACAGCGGACCCGGCAAGGAUUGGCCCAUAUCCUGGUAACAGAGCUCCUAAACUUACUUUAGAGCAAGAGAUGGCAUUUGCGGUGCUGCAGGAUACGGCUCGUAAGUACCAGCUGAAGCUCGAGCACCAACCUGGUGACCUUGUUUAUCUCAACAACUGGACGCUACUGCAUGCGAGGGAAGCGUACCGGGAUGGUCAGACGUCUUCACGGCACCUAGUCAGACUCUGGCUCCGCAACUCGGUGCUGGGAUGGCAGGUCCCAGAAUCGGUAUCAUUCCCAUGGGAUUGUGCCUUUGGCGAACGCUCUAAGCUCGUGCCUAAUCUGAGCUACCCCUUGGUACCAUUGCCUGUGUAUAUGUAUAGCAAGUACAAUUCAGGAACGGCAGCCUUCGUGCCUACAGAUGAUGAGGAUGAGGAUGAUGUCAAUGCGACCACCAGGGGUAUUCACGAUAGAGAUCAUGUGGAUCAGGGAGACACGAUUCCAGUGUUGAGCCAAUCAGGGCCAUGACGGUAGCCACUAUUUCCAGUUAGAACGUUUCCCUUUCAAUAAAGGCAUGAGUUUCUUUCCAAGAGUUGUCUGUGGUAGAUCUGGUCAGGUUGAGACUGGCGGUCAGACAGAAAGAUCGUCGUGUAAUAACAUGACGUCGGGGUAUUUCGUUUGCUGUGCAUUAGUUUGUUCUAGAUGUCUCCAGCGUAUUUUUGAAUUCCGUCAGCUGUCCUUCAAUCAAGGAAAAGCAAUGUGGGAUAGUUUUCGGCUCCUGGGUAUUACCAUUGUGAAUAUCAUGCAGAUAUAGCAUGAUGAUUAGUCUGAACCGAACAAUUUUGUCCACAAGGAAGGGGCUAGACACGUUCCAUGCCUG